CCUCCUGUCGGCAUCCCUUUCGUCGUGAGCGCCCCUGAAGACUCCAGUCCUCUCCUUCUGGCGCGCCCUCGGGGGACUCCGCUUCUUCGACCUCCAGCACCACGGGGCUAGAGUCCUAGUUGAGAGGGUUUUCCCUUUUCUGGAAAGAUGGCUUGUUCCCAUGCCCCUGCAUUCAGUCAUUGUAGGAAAACCCCGUUUGCUGUGAAUUCAUUCUUUCCUCACCUCUCCGGAGAUAAGCGGCCGCAAACCGUGGUGUUUAUCCUUCAACGUCGCGUGUACCCUCUUACCAAUUACACUUUUGGUACAAAAGAGCCCCUCUAUGAGAAGGACAGCUCCGUUGCAGCCAGAUUUCAGCGCAUGAGGGAGGAAUUUGAUAAAAUUGGCAUGAGGAGGACUGUAGAAGGGGUUUUGAUUGUCCAUGAGCACCGGCUACCCCAUGUGUUACUGCUACAGCUGGGAACAACUUUCUUUAAACUACCUGGUGGUGAGCUUAACCCAGGAGAAGAUGAAGUUGAAGGACUAAAACGCUUAAUGACAGAGAUAUUGGGUCGUCAAGAUGGAGUCCUGCAAGACUGGGUUAUUGAUGACUGCAUUGGUAACUGGUGGAGACCAAAUUUUGAACCUCCUCAGUAUCCAUAUAUUCCUGCACAUAUUACAAAACCUAAGGAACACAAGAAGUUGUUUUUGGUUCAGCUUCAAGAGAAGGCCUUGUUUGCAGUCCCUAAAAAUUACAAGCUGGUAGCUGCACCACUGUUUGAACUGUAUGACAAUGCACCUGGAUAUGGACCCAUCAUUUCUAGUCUCCCCCAGCUUUUGAGCAGGUUCAAUUUUAUAUACAACUGAAUUCCUGCGCAGCAGAGAAGUAAGGGAAGCCGUCUCUGUGAGCACAGCUAUACACAGUGUAGAAUAAACAUGCUAGAAAAGUUCUUUUGGUUUUAUCUCUUCCCCAGUCCCUAAAUUACCACCUGCUUUCUGUUGUUUGAAUAGUAAAGUUAAUAUGAAAAACUCGAUUGUGGUGUAAACAAAUGUGAUAAUGUUUAAUUUACUUUUGGUUCUACUCAUACUUUUUUGUACAACAUUAAAGAAAGUGGACUUCUUUCUAUU